AUGUUUGAUAUGCACCUUCGUUUGGAAGAUUUACCGAAUGAAAUUAUUCUUGAAGUACUUGUCUAUUUCGACAUUCCACAUUUGCAUCAAAGUUUUUGGGGACUGAACCAACGCUUUAAUACUCUUCUUCAGACUCUCAAGAAUCUCUCUCUUAUUAUUGAAAAGGAUGAAUCAUCUUUAAUUGAAAUAUUUUCUCGUCAAAUCGCUCAUUUAAAAAUCGAUACUUCGAAAUCUAUUGAUUUCACGCCCUUGUUUAAUCUUCGGUCACUGGAAUUAUGUCAAGCAAACGGUUUUCAACUGGAACAAAUCCGAGCUGAGCAUAUGCCAAACUUAACGAAUCUCAUUAUUCAAACCCGAUUUUAUAUCUUGUUGCCCUCAGAAAUUCUACGUGAAAUAUUUUCAUCUGCCUUUCAAUAUCUUCACCAAGCUACCUUGAAUCGUUUAGAUGCUUUUCCGAUAUCUACUAAAUUUCAGUCAUUUUCUCUUCAUACAUUACACGUCACUUGUUCACAUCCGAAUGUCAUUAUUCAACUGCUCUCGGCUUGUCCAAAUUUAUCUUGCUUUCAUAUUACUUUUUUUGGUCAAAACCAUCACAUUCUUCCUCCAUCAUCACCAAAUUACGAUCAUCCACUAGAAAAAUUUACUCUAGAUGAUCCUUAUCACCGAUUGUCGCAUGACACCAUACAGAUUCUCUUACUAUACAUUCCGAAUGUAAAAUACUUGUUUUUAAAAUGUCGAUGUCGUGUGCCGUUCAUUUCUCUUAUGGAAAACAUUUUUCAAAAAUUAGAAAAAUUAGAACAAUUUGAGUGUGAUAUUCUAGAAUCACCAAAUGAUCAAAUGGUGAACGUAGAAGUUAUUCAGCAACUCAAUGAAUGUUUAUACAAUUUAGAAUGCAUCAAACAGAAUGAUGGUUCACGACUAUUUUUAUUAGAGUGA